GCGCGAUGUUGCGCUCUGCAAAGCCCCUCAUCUCCAAGCAAAGAUGCGUGCCAAAGAGCUCUAGGGCUAUCAAAUUACGUUGUUUGGCAACGCUUGACAAUAACGAGUCGCGCUCACCCACUCCGUCAAGGCGGCUGGGCUUGCUGGGUGGCACUGCUGCGAUACUCGCAUCAUUCACUUCACCAGCAUCUGCAGCUGCCGAGACCGCCGAAGAGAAAUCCAAGGAGGCCCGCGCCGCUGCUCGUCGUGAGCGGCGGGCAAAGAAGCGGCAGGGCCUGGAGACGAGCGCGUCGGGUUCGUCUUCGGCGGAGACAUCACCGUCGCCUGCAGAGCCCACAGCUGCGCCAUCGCCGAAGUCGGCUUCGGCCGCCUCCAGCAGCCCCGCAGCUUCCUCCAGCUCGUCCUCCUCCUCGACCACCUCCCGGCCGCGGCCGAAGAAGAACACCGUGUCGGGCAGCACCACCACCGGCCGGACCAGCAGCAGCAGCAGCAGCAACACCAGCAGCGGCAAUGGCAGCGGCGGCGGCGGGGGCUUCAACUUCGGGGCUGUGGGCGCCACAGUGCUGGGCGGCAUUGGAGCCUUCCUGGGGCUGCAGCAGUUCGGCAAGACGUCGGACUCCUCCAAGGCUGCGGCUCUGGCCCAGGCUGUGGAGCGGCUGGGUGAGAAGCUGGAGGACAAGGAGAAGGAGAAGGAGGAGGUCAAGGCGGUGCUGCAGAGCCAGGUGGAGGAGCUGAAGGAGGAGAAGGAGGCGGUGAUGCAGGCGGCCAAGUCGCGCGAGGACGAGCUUCAGGCGGUGGCGGUGGAGAGCCAGGCGGUGGCGCAGCAGCUGGAGAGCGAGGUGGCGGCGGCGCGGGCGGCCAUCCAGGACAAGGAGCGCAAGAUGCUGGAGCUGGAGAAGCAGAUCGCCAAGAUGAAGCAGCAGAUCUCAAUCGGCAAGGACCAGCUGCUGGCCACAAAGGACAUGAAGGAGGCCACUGCGCUCAUGACGGACCUGGCGCCCAAGGAGGUCAUGCUGCGGGAGCUGGAGGCGCAGGUGGCGCUGCUGACUGUGGAGGCCAAGGAGGCGCGCAUGCUGCUGGGCGAGCGCGAGGCCAAGGUGGCGGCGCUGGAGGGGCAGGUGGCGUCCAUGCAGUCCAUUGUGCAGUACAGCAAGCAGGAGCUCAGCCUGCGCGCGCGGGACGCCGCGGAGCUGACGCAGGUGAAGCAGGAGCUGAUGACCAAGGAGCAGAAGGUCCGAGAGAUGAAGCAGCUGCUUGCGGAGCUGCAGAUGCAGCAGCAGUCCAGCCGGCUGGAGAUGGAGUCCAUGCGCGAGGAGCUGGACAGCGCCCGGUCCAUUGCCGGCGAGCUGGAGAAGCGCAACGCCUCGCUCAUGCGCAUGACGCAGCAGAGCCUGGGCCGCGAGGGCGACCUCAAGCAGGCGGUCAACAGCACCAAGGCCCAGGUGGCCAAGCUGGAGUCGGCGGUCAACACCGCCAGCCAGCAGCUGCAGCAGCGGGCGCAGCAGCUGGCGUCCGUCAAGGCCUCGCUGGACGAGCAGACGGCGGAGGUGGCGGCGCGGCAGGAGGCGCUGGAGGCGCGCGAGGCGGCGCUGGCGGCGGCCCGGCAGCAGGCGGAGGAGCUGGAGGCCAAGAACACGGUGCUGGUGCGCAGCCGCAGUGUGGAGCUGGGCAAGAUGCAGGACCUCAAGCAGGCGCUCAACGCCACCCGGGCGCAGGUGACCACGCUGGAGAAGCAGGUGAAGGAGGCCAACGUGGCGCUGGCCGUCAAGUCCGCCAAGCUGCGCGAGCUGGAGGUGCAGGUUCCGGCGCUGCAGAAGGAGCUGGCCACCGGCAAGCAGGCUCUGGAGGCCUCGCGCGCCGAGCUGCUGGCUGCCCGCAGCGCCGCCUCCGACCUGGAGGCCAAGAACACGGCGCUCAUCCGGCAGGCCACCGCCAGCCUGAGCCGCGAGGGCGACCUCAAGCAGGCGCUCAACAUCAGCCGCGCCGAGUCCGCCAAGCUGGACGACGAGCUGAAGAAGGCCAAGGCCGGCCUGGCCGCCGCCAGCACCUCGGCCUCGGAGGCCAACCAGCGCCUCACCGUGGCGGAGGCCAAGGUGCGCGAGACGGAGACGCAGAAGGCGGCGCUGGUGCGCGACGCGCAGAUGGCCCUGUCGCGCGCCAGCGACCUGAAGCAGGCGCUCAACGUGUUCAAGGAGAAGAGCGCCAAGCUGGACGGCGAGCUCAAGAGCGCGCGCACGCAGCUGGCCGCCGCCACCAGCCAGGCCCAGGCCGCCAACCGGCAGUGGCAGGACGCGGAGAACGCGCUGCGUGAGGCGGAGCAGCAGCGCGAGAAGCUGGUGAAGACGGCGCAGGUAGCGAUCACCAAGUCCACGGACCUCAAGCAGGCGCUCAACGCCACCAAGCAGCAGGCCACCAAGCUGGAGACGGAGGUCAAGCAGGUGCGCGGCCAGCUGGAGGCGGUGGGCGGCCGCGCGGCGGAGGCGGAGAAGAAGCUGACCAGCACCAGCUCGCAGCUGGAGGCGGCGCGGGCGGAGCGCGAGAAGCUGGUCAAGGAGGCGUCUUCCGCAAUCACCAAGGCCACUGACCUGCGCCAGGAGCUGAAUGCCACCCGUCAGAGCGCCAAGCAGCUGAACACGGAGCUGUCCCGCGCGCGCGAGCAGCAGCAGCAGGCGGCGCAGGCGGCGGCCGCCAGCAGCCAGCAGCUGGCCUCCACGCGCUCCGAGCUGAGCAGCACCGCGGAGGCGCUGGCGGCGGAGCAGGCGCGCGUGGAGAAGCUGAGCGAGCAGCGGGCGCUGGCGCUGCGGGAGAGCAACCAGAUGAAGACGGCGCUGGAGUCCACCAAGCGCCAGGCGACGCGGCUGGAGGCGGAGGUGAAGGCCACCCGCUCCCAGCUCAAGGCGGCGGAGCAGGAGGCGCGCGAGGCGGAGGAGCAGCUGAGCGCGGCGCGGCAGACGCUGGCGGUCACGGAGGGCGCGCUGGCCACCACAAGCGGCCAGCUGAGCGAGGCGGAGAAGCAGAAGGCGGUGCUCAUGCGCGACAUGCAGGCCAGCCUGGGCCGGCUGGGCGACCUGAAGCAGCAGCUCAACAGCACGCGGCAGCAGGCGGGCCAGUUCGAGGAGGCCGCCAAGAAGUUCCAGGGCGAGGCCGAGGCCGCCACGGGCCGCCUGGCGCAGCUUCAGGACCAGGCCGCAGCAGCAGUCAGCCGCUCGCAGGCGGCCGAGACCAAGCUGGCUGACCUGAGCCAGGCGCUGGCGGAGGCGGAGGCCGUCAAGGCCUCGCUGCUGCGCGACAGCCAGUUGGCGCUGGGCGCCCGCGGCGACCUCAAGCAGUCCCUCAACAUGGUGCAGGCCAAGGUGUCGCGGCUGGAGGCGCAGAUGGCGGCGGCCAAGGGCGAGGCCAGCGCCACCUCGCUGGCGGCGCGGGAGGCCUCGCGGCGGGCGCAGUCGGCGGAGGCGGCGCUCAAGGAGAGCGAGAGCCGGCGCGCGGCGGCGGAGGCGGCCGCGCGGGCGGCGGAGCUGCAGCGCGCGAGCGCGAUGGCGGUGGCGCAGGGCGCGAUUGGGCGCGAGGGCGACCUGAAGCAGGCGCUCAACAAGGCCAAGCAGUCGGGCUCCAAGCUGGAGGAUCAGGUGGCCAAGGCGCGUGACGCCAUGAAGGCGGCGGAGGAGCGGCGCGCGGCGGCGGAGAAGGCCAUGGUCAACAUGCAGGGCCAGCUGAGCAACACGGAGGCCAAGUUCACGGAGGCGGCGGCGCGCGUGGCGGAGGCGGAGUCGCUACUGCAGGCAGCCGAGGACGCGGAGCGGGCGACGUCGCCCGGCCGGGCCGGUCGCAACGGCACCGGCAGCGGCAACGGCACUGGGAGCGGCGCCAGCUACGGCGUCAGCGGCAGCAGCGUCCGCAACAGCGUUCUCAAGACGCCCUAGAGGGGCGGCGGUGGCAGCACAGCAGCACACGGCGGCGGCGGCGGCGGGGACGGACAGCAAAGAAUCGGGGAACGGGAUAGGACUUGUCUUUGAAGCCGGGUGGGUUGGGUUGGGUUGUGGGACAGGUAGGAAAACAGUAGUCGCCAGGUCAGCAGACGGGAGCAGCGCUGCUGGUGUGUUGAGUUCGGGGGAGGGGUCCUGCUGCUCGGAGGUUGCUUAGCCAUCAAUUUUACCACGAAUGGCAACAUCGCACCACCUGCUGACGCCGGGCUUGCGCCAUUCGUUUUACGGCACCCUUGAAAUAGAGCGGGAGCAGGCGUAGAGAGAGAGUGCCGUGCACGUACCAUUCACUUAUGAAGACGGAACACGUGAGAGAGAUGUGUUUGCCGGUGCUCACGGUAAGCUGUUAGUCAUUCCCCUGCCACCAUGAGUAUUUCCAUUACAUCUUGGCAGCAGUGAGCGAUGGAGUAUGCGUGUGUGAUUCGUUGCCGCUACAGCCUUCGCGGCGUGAGUUUUUUUGUUGCGGAAGGGGAGCGGGCUCGACCACGGGCCUCUAGCUUAUCCCCUGUGACGCCCCUGAUUGUGUAGCUGUUUGAACAGGCACGAAUUCACGCACGCAUACCAGCAAUCGGCACCGCCCUCUAUACCGGGCGUUCGCUGGUGAAGUGUGUUGUUCCCCGGACUUAACUGUGGCUAACUUAACUAUUCGGGCGGUAGGGAGCACCCAGGUUGUGCGUCGCAUGAAAGCGCCUGCACUGGCGGUCUCUAUGGCACAGUGCCUGCUUUAUGCCAGGCUGCUGCAGUCCCCUUUGUGUGUGGUGGGGCGUCAUGAGAGCUGCCGGCUUGGGUUUGCAUUGUGUGGCUCGUGUUGGGGGCAGGCGAGGCUCGAUGCGUGGCACAGGCAGGCCCUCGGCGCCCGCAAGGGGCAUGCCAUCCCCCGCACAAGCUAGUGAGCUAGUAGAGGAUGUGGUGGGUAUGGAGGUUAGCGUAGCCGUGUCACAGGCUGCCGAAGGGCGGCCUGUGUGCGUUGCAAAGGCGGGUUGUAGUACUCGGCUGCAAUGAAGUUGAGGUUGGCGCGACCGGACCCGCAUUGGAUCACUUUCGCGCGCUUCGGAGGAAUCAGAGGUUUGGGCCACGGCCGGGCCAUAGACAGUUUGGCACAGCGUUAUUGGAGCUUAUGUGGGACCGCACGUCUGUGACGAAUUGAGGCGGACGGCGUGGCUAGAGUGCUCCUUUGAGACGUAGUCUGUAACAAACACUUGGU